AUGAUGUCUGAAUCCGACUUUGAGGACGAACUCGGCGACUCCAAGACGUUUUUGGGGUUUGUGGAUGUGGCGAUCUCUUCCAAAGAGCAGCCAGAAAUUGAAGACACGUUUAUUGGCGGCACGCCGAUUUGGUUGCACCCGAAAUCUCCUCCUCCAAACGAGCUAGUGCAGUGUUUAAGCUGCAACAAGCCAAUGCAUCUGUUGCUCCAAUGCUACGCCAACCUCGCCGACACCUUAUACGAUCGGGUAAUCUACAUAUUUGGAUGUAACGACCCCAAGUGUCGCCGCAAGAAGGGCUCCGUCAGAGCUAUCAGAGCAGUCUCGAAAGACCCAGCUAUCAUCGCCCAAAGAGAAAAAGAGCUACAGGACAUCCAGGACAAGAAAGACAAGGCUCAGCAGAAAGAACAGCAGAAUAAGCAAAAGCUCGAAUCCAUUGCGAAUUCUCUAUUUAAUACAUCUUCUUCAGACAGCCAGAACCCGUUCGCAAACCCGUUUGCGGCAGAGUCCAGCAACCCGUUUGCAAAACCACAGCAGUUGCAGCCUGAAAAACCAACAUACGCACAGAUAGCCAAGCCAGAGCAGAAACCGGCUCCCAAGAAACAUCAGGACCCCGUCGAUCUGCCUUCAUACCCUGGUUAUAUUCUGUACGUGGAUCAGGAAAUACUGGACCCAAAGAACCAGUCGCUUCCUCCGUUGCCAAAGGUCGAGGAAGGCUCCUCAGAAACAGCAGCACAGCCGUCUGCGUCAAACCCUUCCAAGAUCCCAGCACAUGACGAAAACAUCUCCAAGAUCGUGGACGACCCGACGUUCCAGAACUUCUCCGAUAUCGUUUCUUACAACACAGCACAGGUCCUCAGAUACGACCUGAACGGCUCGCCUCUGCUGUAUUCGUCCAAGGACGACGUGGCCAAACUGUUCUAUGAUUCCAACGGAAGACUGCGUCCGCAGCAUCUGAUUCCAAACCCUCCGUACAACCCAUCCUCGGAAAGACGGUUUGAGCUGCAACUCAUGCCAAAGGCCAUCAUAGAUCUGGAAGCAGAUAGCGACGAUAUCAUUAACGGCAUGGAAUGGGGAACCAUCAUGGUCGGAACAGACGCAAAGGAUUUUGUUCCGGAACAUCUCAUUGAUGAAAACCACGUCGGAUACGUGGAAGAGUGGUGUGGUGUUCAGUGGGAAGAGGAGCUCAAACUAAAUUAA